AUGGAUAAGUUGCAUUCAUCGAUGCGCAAACGGCUCUACAGCUUGCCACAGCACAUUGGACAGAAAACCUCGAUCGUAGGUGAAGGAGAAGACGCUGACAAGGACACCCGGAGGAAGAGUCUCAGGAUGAAGCACUUGCCUUCGCCGUCCUCCACCAGCAGCUGCAAAGGCUUUGGGGAUACUAGAAGUGGAGAGUCGGCGGUCAUGGAGACAGAUAUUGGGAGACCGAUGAAGACCAGCUCGAACGGAGACUGCCGGAGGUUCAGAGGCAGCCUCUCGUCCAUCACAAGUCGACACGUUUACGACUCGGACUCGGCGGAGCAGAGGCGCCUUAUUACGGAAGGAGAUGUCACCCCAAACGAGGAGAGCCCUCCUGGAGCAUUUGGCUACGCGGGCGACCUAGGUGCGCAAGGCGGCGGCGGUGCCCAACAGGCUUCUCCAGACCAACAGUCGGGCUUCAUAAAGUUGGAUAACCUUGAUCAAAUUUUGCCGGACGACGAGAGGUUGUACCAGGCGGGCUUCAUGCACAGACAGUUUGGGGCAAUGCUGCAACCGGGGGUUAACAAGUUUUCCUUAAGGAUGUUUGGGAGUGAAAAAGCGGUAGAGCGUGAACAAGAACGCGUUAAAUCGGCCGGGUUUUGGAUAAUUCAUCCAUACAGCGACUUCAGGUUUUACUGGGACCUGACCAUGCUGCUGCUCAUGGUGGGUAACCUGAUCAUCAUCCCCGUGGGCAUCACCUUCUUCAAGGACGAGCACACGCCACCCUGGAUCGUCUUCAACGUGGUGUCGGACACCUUCUUCCUCAUCGACCUGGUGCUGAACUUCCGCACGGGCAUAGUGAAGGAGGACAACACCGAGAUCAUCCUGGACCCCCAGCAGAUCAAGAUCAAGUACCUGCGGAGCUGGUUCGUGGUGGACUUCAUCUCCUCCAUCCCCGUGGACUACAUCUUCCUCAUCGUGGAGACACGCAUAAAUUCGGACUUCUACAAGACGGCCCGCGCCCUGCGGAUCGUCCGGUUCACCAAGAUCCUGAGUCUGCUACGUCUGCUCCGCCUCUCCAGACUCAUCCGCUACAUCCACCAAUGGGAGGAGAUCUUCCACAUGACCUACGACCUGGCCAGCGCCAUGGUGCGCAUCGUGAACCUCAUCGGCAUGAUGCUGCUGCUGUGUCACUGGGACGGCUGCCUGCAGUUCCUGGUGCCCAUGCUGCAGGACUUCCCCGCCGACUGCUGGGUGUCCAAAAACAAGAUGGUGAAUGACACAUGGGGCCAGCAGUACUCCUACGCCCUGUUCAAAGCCAUGAGCCACAUGCUAUGCAUUGGAUACGGUAUGUACCCUCCCGUGGGCAUGACCGACGUGUGGUUGACCAUCCUCAGCAUGAUCGUGGGUGCCACGUGCUACGCCAUGUUUGUGGGCCAUGCCACCGCUCUGAUCCAGUCACUGGACUCAUCCCGGCGCCAGUACCAGGAGAAGUAUAAGCAGGUGGAACAGUACAUGUCCUUCCACAAGCUCCCUGCGGACAUGCGACAGAGGAUCCACGACUACUACGAGCACCGCUACCAGGGCAAGAUGUUCGACGAGGAGAGCAUUCUGGGAGAGCUCAACGAGCCGCUAAGAGAGGAGAUCAUCAACUUUAACUGCCGGAAGCUGGUGGCCUCCAUGCCCCUUUUUGCCAAUGCCGACCCCAACUUUGUGACCUCCAUGUUGACCAAGCUGCGCUUCGAGGUCUUCCAGCCGGGCGACUACAUUAUUCGAGAGGGCACCAUCGGCAAGAAGAUGUACUUCAUCCAGCACGGGGUGGUGAGCGUGCUGACCAAAGGCAACAAGGAGACCAAGCUCUCUGACGGCUCCUACUUUGGGGAGAUCUGCCUGCUGACAAGGGGAAGGAGAACGGCCAGCGUCCGAGCAGACACGUACUGCCGCCUCUACUCGCUGUCCGUGGACAACUUCAACGAGGUCCUGGAGGAGUACCCCAUGAUGAGGAGAGCCUUCGAGACCGUGGCCCUGGACCGCCUGGACCGCAUAGGGAAGAAGAACUCCAUCCUGCAGCACAAGGUCCAGCACGACCUUAGCUCGGGCGUGCUCAACUGCCAGGAGAGCGAGAUCAUCCAGCAGAUCGUCCAGCACGACCGGGACAUGGCCCACUGCGCCCACCUCCUGCAGACGGACUCCGGGGCCAUGCCGCCCUCCCCCACCUCUGUCAUCUGGGCCCCCCUCAUCCAGGCGCCCCUCCAAGCUGCUGCCGCCACCACCUCCGUGGCCAUCGCCCUGACGCACCACCCCCGCCUGCCCCCCACCAUCUUCCGGCCGCCGGUGUCCCUGCUGGGCGGGGUGAAGGACCCGGCCGGCCGCCUGAAGAGGUUCCCUCCGGUCCGCACCUCCAGCAGCACUGGCUCUGGAGGGGAGUCCCCCCCCGGAACCCCCUCCAAGCCGGGCCCGGGGGGGGAGAUGCAGGCCUCCCUGGCCACGGCCGCCUCUGCCUUCGCCUCCACCUUCCUGCCCUCCGCCCGCAGCGCCCAGCCCGGACCGGGCGGGGCGUCCGCCUUCUCGGGGUCUCCGCCCUCCAGCGCCGCCCUGCUCCACCGGCCGCCCCUCCAGCACCAGCAGUCCUUCUCCUGUAGCACCCCUCCGCUCGCAGGCUUCUUCCAGCCGGGGGCCGCGGGAGGGGCCGGGGCCGUGGGCAGCCCCGGGGCCUCCAGCUCGGCCAGCCCCAUGCUGGGCGGGACGCAGACGCCGCCCCCCAAGCCCCUGCAGACAGGGGCCCCGCAGCAGUUCGCGGGGGGAGGGGGGAGGACUUCAAGCGGGCUGAAUCUCUUCCACUCCCCCUCCUCCAGCUCGCCGUCCUCCAGCACGAGCCAGCAGGUGCAGGCCGCGCCGGGCUCGCCCGCCUACCUGCUCCAGGACCGCUCGGCCCUGGCCCUGCUGGCUCAGUACGGCUCGGGCAGCACGUCUCCCUGCUACACCCCGCUGGCACCCAGCCCCACCAUCCAGAGCCCCGUGGCAGGUAGAACUUUCCAGUACAGCGACCCUUCCAGCGCCGCUGGCUCCCGCACCUCGCUGCUAACGCCCCAGAUCUCCUGCCCCGCCCAGGUCCCCGGCCGGCCCCCAGCAGGCGCAGAGUCCCCCGGGCCCGGCCUCUUCUCCCAGGAUCUGAAACUGCUGUCCUCCUCUCACCCCUCGCUGUCGCAGGAGGCCGGCCGGGCGUCGGGCCGGUCGCCCGGGCACUCGUUCCCGGAUCCCGGAUCGCACUUUUCGCCGUUCUCCUCCCCGACGCUCCAGGGCAAGCCGCACAGCGCGGUCCCCGCUCACGUGACUCUCUCCCGACAGACCUCCUCCUGCUCCAUGCCUCAGACUCACUCCCCGGGCCUGUCCCCGCCCCUGCCCCCACGGAAAGGCUCCUUGGCCUACACAGCCGAACUCGACCCCAUGCGCUCUAAACUGCACUCGAAUUUGUGA